AUGGCUCCCGUUGGCCACCAUCAUCAGCACAAUCAAAAGUCUGCGCACAUGCACCAUCAACAACAACAACACCAACAACACCAAUACCAAUACCAACACCAGCAGCACCAUCAUACAGCACAUCAACACCUUCAACAGAAUGCACACACACAUCCAGCAUAUGCAAGCAAUACAGCAACAACGACAACUGGUACAGCUGCUGGAGGUUCGGGUGCAAUGGCGCUAGCAAUGCCUGGCAGCAGCAGCCAACGUGAAAGCAUUUCGGCACGCCGGCCAGCGGACACCAUCGUAUCCGGCUCGACCAUGUAUAGCCGAGUCUUACAGCAAAUGAGCGGCUAUACCUAA